AAGCUGUUAAUCCAUGAUGUACCUGUGGAUAUCAUAUGCACUCCAACACAGGUUAUUUUCACCAACACAUCAAUUCCGAAACCUCAAGAUCACCGAGAUACCUUCUGAGGAAAGUGCAGCGCUGAUACGGAUUUAUUGGGACAAAUUAUCUCCUGAAAAGCUUGGACAAAUUCGAAUACUUAGAGAGCUCAAGAGGAGGAUCGAGCGACAGACUAAUCAGAAACUUCCUACUGGUCCCUCAGAGAAGUUGCCUCCCACGGCUCAACGAAGGCGGUAACACUGCAUAUGUGAGUUAUUCUUAUUGGUGGAUUGAUGUAAAUAUAUGUUCAGUUAGUCAAAUUUAAAAUAUCUCCUCUUGUAUGUGAGCUAUUGAUGUUUGAGCUACAAUAUUUUGGAAUUCUAAUCCACAGGGAAAAAGAAUUGCAAAUCAUACAAAUGUUUGCAGUAUACAAUAUUUAAGAGUCAAAAUAUUGUUUCAUUGGAAUUUAUCUUUGUUCUUUUUGGUUAAA